UCCAGCAAUGCUAAGACUAGUAAAUCAGGCACUUCCACAAAACGUGGCCGUCCAAAGGGAUGGAAGCCAGGUAUGUCGUACGCGGCAAUGCGAGGGAACCCGACGCCGAAGGACUGGAGCAAGGACAGGCCCAAACAGGCCGCCUCUAGGAAUUACGGGACGGAAACUAGGAGGCGUGGCCGGCAGCCACAGGCAACCGGUCUUGCUAUCAAACAACGGUAUCUGCGGUCCAAGCCGGGCUAUCUGUCCUUCGGCUGCGAAUGGCAGGAAUCCACGAACAAAAGGUGUCCCGCCGAGCUACAAAACAUGGAGACCUUACGGAAACACGUUUACUUUAUCCACGGAGAUGCAGAACCACUAGUCUGUUUCUGGGGAAAGUGCGGCCAGCAGAAGACACCGCCCGAGUUUGUGGUUAAGGAAGAGUUCCGAAAGCACGUGGAGAAGGCGCAUCUCGUGCCCUACGCAUGGCAUGCGGGCGAUGGGCCUCAGAACAAAGGCAUAUGGACGCUGAAGAAUGAUCGGAACAAGCUGCCCUCUCAUCUGUUCGACAAGGAUGGGAAGCAGGUCACACCGUCGGUCAAGGACCAGCUGUUGGAGGAUACCAAGGGGAUGUUGGAGAGGAAACGGAAGCUACGUGAGAUCAGACGUCAGGCUGAUGAGAAUGCGCCCGAUGAG